CAAAGUAAAAACACACCCACACUCUCUCACACACACACGCACACACACGUAUACACACACAAAGUAAAAACACAUCCACUUUCUCUCACACACACACACGUACACACACAAAGUAAAAACACACACACUCUCUCGCACACACACCUGCACACACACACACGUACACACACAAAGUAAAAACACACACACCCACUCUCACACACACACACACCUGCACGCACACACACACGCGCACACACACACGGGCUCGUUAGGCAGGGUUGGAGACCUGUGUGUGUGUGUGAACGGGGCGGCCCAUGAUAUCCGCAGUCGUCGCCGGUGCUUCGGAGUGCCGUGGAGGGUGAGGACAUGUUAGGAUGGGUUGGGAAGUUCCUAGAAAUUGGCUCCGUCUCUUGCUGGUGGUGACGUGCAUAUACGAGCGGCAGGGGGCCGUGCCCGGCACCGCUGCGCUGGGCGCGAGCGCCAUCUGCGUGCGCCUGGCGGGGCUCUCCCCGCGCCAGAGGGCCGCGUGCGCGCGCCGGCCACGCGCCGUGGUGGCCGCGGGCCUCGGGGUGGAGGCGGCCGCCGCCGAGUGCUCGCGCCUCUUCCGCGAGCAGCGCUGGAACUGCACGGGCAUCGGCGGGGCCGCGGGGAUGAUGGGCAGGAGGAUGCCCGUCGGGUGCCGCGAGGCCGCCUUCCUCCACGCCCUCACGGCCGCCGCCGUCGCCCACGCCGUGACGGCGGCGUGCAGCCGCGGGAGCCUCGGCGGCUGCGGCUGCGACGCCACCAAGGAGGGGCUGGCCACGCCGCAUGGCCACGGCGGGGCUAACGGGGCCGUGGGCGGGGCUAACAGGAUUGUGGGCGGUGCUAACAGGAUCGUGGGCGGGGAUUACGGGACAGUAGGCGGAGCUUACCGGAGCAACACGGCGGUGGGCGGGGCUCACGGAGCGUGGGGCGGAACCCACGAGCGAAUGGGCGGAGUCAGCGGAACGGCGGGGAGGGGUCAGGGGGCGGUGGGCGGAGCUAACGGCGUGGGGGGCGGGCUCUGGAAGGACGAAGGGUCGUGGCGGUGGGGCGGCUGCUCGGCGGACGUGGAGCACGGCGUGGAGUUCUCGCGAGAGUUCGUGGACGCGGGAGAGGCGGCGCACGAGGCGCGCGCGCUCAUGAACCUGCACAACCAUGGGGCGGGGCGCGAGGCUUUGCGCAGGGCGACCACCCUGCACUGUCGCUGCCACGGCAUCUCGGGCUCCUGCUCGGCCCGCACCUGCUGGGCCCUCCUGCCACCGCUCCGCGAGGUCGCCCUGCGACUCAAGGCCAAGUUGAAGACGGCGCGGGCCGUGGAGGCCGUCCUGGCCACCCGGCACCGGCGUCCCGUGUUCCUCCACCUCAAGCGGCCUGACAGCAGCAGCAGCGGAGAUGCGAAAAGCUGGAAGCCCCGCAAGCCCACCAAGGAGGAGCUGGUCUUCCUGGAUAAGUCGCCCGACUUCUGCGAGGAGGACGCGCGUGCCGGCGUGGCGGGCACGACGGGGCGCCGGUGCCAGCGUCGGCCCGGAGCCGGGGGCUGCGAGAUUUUGUGCUGCGGUCGGGGAUACAACACGGUGCUGCUCCAUCAGCACCACGUGGGCGAUGAUGAUGAUGACGUGGACGAUGAUGAUGAUGACGACGGCUUGACUAGGGACGGCGAUGAUGGUGGUGGUGGUGGUCGCGCUGCGAAGGGCAGGUGCAACUGCACCUUCCACUGGUGCUGUCAUGUCAGCUGCUCCGCUUGUGCGCGACACCAGCAGCAGCAGCGUUGGCGUCGUCGCAGACGCACGGAGGUCCACACCUGUAAGUAGGUGGUGCCGCCACGGUGGGGAGAGAGCAGGGGAGAGCGUGAGCUGUGAUGAUGGUGGUGGUGAUUAUGGCGGUGGUGAAGGUUGUUGUGAUGGUGCUGAUGAUGAUGGGUAAUUUAUGACAGUGAUGGUGAAGAUGAUGGAAAUCACAGUGGCUGGUGACAUUGGUAAUGAUGAUGGCAGUGGUGUUGGUUGAGAUUAAAACGAUGAUCGGCAAUUGAUGGUUAUGAUGACGCUGGUAGUGAUGAUAAAAGAUUUUGGUCGUUGUAAUAGUGGUGGUGAUGAUGAUGAUGAAAGUGAUGGAUAUUGGGAUGGUCUUAUGUGAUCAUAGUGGUGGUGGUGGUGCUAAUGACGAGAAGAUCAUAGUGGUGAUGGUCAAGUUAGUGAUGAUGGUAACAAUGAUAAUUGUGUUGGCGAUGAAGGUUGUGGUAUUACAGCUGCUGCUGCUGUUGAUGAUGAUAAGUACGGUUGCAAGAUAAUGUGAGAGUGGAGUUAACGCACGUGCAGCACAUUUGGGAUUGGAUAUCAGUGGCGAGGCAAUAGCUAAAGACGCAAGCCAACCGACAGCUCUGUAGCUGCACUGUGUCCUGUGCUGACCCACACGAAGCUUUGUCAAUAAAUAAAAA